GUUUUAUUUUGUUUCAUUGACAGCAAACUGCAAUGGCAAAUAUACGGGCGCAAAUACCGGCCGCACCACAAAUUACCUGUUGACAUAUUCUAGACUCUAGACCAAAGCCGCAAAUAAAAUAUUUGGACAUUCGUAUUUGAAAAAUAAAAAUGAAUCAGAAAACAGAGACAGUAUUGGAAGCCAAUGGGAUAGAUUCAGCAAAGUUUGAAGAUCCCGUUUGCUCAAUAUUAUGCGGCCUAGGCGCUCAAAAAUAUAUCGAUGUGUUCAAAAAACAAAAUAUUGAUCAAUAUGGCUUAACAGAAUUAUCAGAUGAGGACCUAACUAGGCUGGGUAUUGUGGAACCUGAAAUUAGGAGACAACUUAUUGAAAGGGCCAAAUUAAUUCCAGCCUAUAAAGAAUCUACAGUCAGCAUGGCACAUCUAGGUCCUAAAGAAAUAGUGGAAGUAUUUGAAGAAAGUGCACUUCUCCUGCAUAGAAUACAUUUAAGCAUGGUUGCUAAUAACUCAGUAAUAACCAAAACAAAGAAAGUAGCCGACUGCUUGUUAUACAAAGACAAGUAUGCAUCCAAUGUCGCACUCGCAACACUUACUGAAAUGGUCAACAUACUGAACUCUAUGGAAAGUGCUGUGCACACACAGUUGAAGUUGAAGACAAAAGCUGGGGGCCACAACAAGAGGAAGAAAAUCGUGGUGGGCACAAUUGGCAGUGCUGUAAUUGCUAUGUUAGCCGUAUUGUUUACCAGGUCCCUGAAGGAACUUAACAAAAUGUAGUUUUAUGAGGCUCAAAACACCUACCUCCCCUAGCCUUAACGUAAUUGUGUCCGCUCCAGUAUUUAGAUAAUAAAACAAAACUCAAAAUAUCACUGAAAUGUGAUUAGACUUACAAUAAAUAAAUAAACCUAA